GGAGCCAGGGGGAUAAAAAGGGCCCUCUCUCACCGUUGCCAAGGCAACUUGAUGUCACGGUGACAUCACGCAGUAUUAAAAGCUUUUAACCGGAUUUCUCUCCUGCCUUAGGCCCCAUUUUGAGUCCUCUUUCAGCUAGGCUAGGGGGAAGGGCAGAGGCAGGCAGGACGGCUGUGGCUGUGCAUGCUCUUUUGCAUGUAUCCCUCCUUCCCUGCAGACUCAACCCAGCUCUUAUAACAGUAAAAAGACUUUUAAAUUCAUGCUCUAAAGCUCCCACCUUUGCAAAAACAAAAAAAGAAAACGAAAGAAACCCACAGCCAGCUCAGGCCAAGACAGAGACAUAAAGACUCCAAAAUGGCAGCAGACGAUAGUUUCAGCUACCUGAUGCCAGGUCACAACGAGAAACACAGACGGGCCCCGAACUGGACCGACGGCGAAAUGAAGGCCCUCCUAUACGUGUGGGAAGAAUUUCACAACGAGCUGAAAACGAGCAAGAGGAACGCCAAGGUUUACGAGAAGAUGUCCCAGAGGUUUUUCCAGCUCACUGGAGAGCAACGCUUCAAAGAAGAGAUUAAGAUGAAAAUCACUAACAUGUCCUUCCAGUUCAGGCGACUGAAGGCCACAGCCAGCGAAUCAGGCGAGACGCCGGACUGGCCUUACUACAAGGCCAUCGAGAAGAUUCUCUCCAAGCCGCUGGAGAACGGCAGGGUGAACUCGCUGGAGUUUCCGGCCCCGGCCGGAGGUCCAUCCACUUCGUCCCAGUCCACAGACAACCCCUUGCCCCAGUCGGAGGAGGGUGUGAUUGGCUUCCUGCCAGAGUACACUGGCUCAUCAGAUGACAUGGACAUAAAACAAGAGUUGGACUCUUUGAGCUCAGACAGCGAGCACAUGCUGGGCUCCAGCUCCCAUCCUGUCUCAUUUAGAAAGAGGCGUGCCAAAAAAUAUCUGUCCCUGAAGAGGAAGAAGCUGCAGGUCAUGCAGGCCAUGCUUCAGCAGCACAAGAAGUCCAGCCAGGCCAUAGAGGAGACGUGCAGGGAGCUCCGUCGGUCCAUGCACCAACAGAACCUUCUGCAGGUCCAGUGUCUGCAGCUGCAAGAGAGGAUGAUGAACCUCCUGGAGAAAAUGAUCCAGCUUCCCAGCUCUACGUCAGCAGUUUGGAGUCAGAGUGGCGCAAAAGAUCCAGGGAAACCUUGAAGGGCUGGGAAAGCAUCACGGAACUCCCCAAAUUAUAGGAAAAGCAGGCUGCUUUACUUUAGGCAUCAAAUUAGGUUAUUAUUACAUUAAAAUCACAUAAUAACUGUUAGAACACUGCAGAUAAGACUACCACAAAGAUAUGCUUUUAAAUGUUUUGUGGGGGUGUCUGAAAUGUAAUUCUAAAAGAACUGUAAAGACUGUUGUUUAAAUCUUAGCAACCACUGUUAGUUCGAUUUGAAUGUAGCCUUUUUUUAGACUAGAAACCGAGUCUCGGUAACUUGCCAAGUAUUCAAUUAAAAGAACUAAAAACAGCA